AUGAAAUCUCAUCCACCGCCUGAUCCACGAUACCCUUAUGCCAAUCUCUUACAGCCUAUUCCACUUGACAUAUCCACCUCCUCAACAGCAGCAUCGGUUGCAGCUUCAACAUCCCUACCGACAUUAUAUCAAUCAUCCUCAGCGGCUUCAUCAUCAUCAUCAUCUACAUUGUUCUUUCCCAAUUCAGGAUUAUUGAACACUACAGGUCCUAUAUCAAGUUCAUCCACACUAGCAGGAGAGUCAGAAUUGAAUUUACCGAUACCUUCAUCUUCAAUUUCAGCGUCAACAUCGAAUAUAUAUUCCAAUCCUACUCAAGCGGAUAUCCUACGUCGACAUUCGAUAUCUAAUUCAUAUUGGGAUGAUCCAUCACCUGAACAAGAUCCGUUGACCUCUCAAACUAAUUCAGCUAGAAAUUCACCUUCGGGUGGAGCGGGUGGACAACAGAAACCCAGUGGAAGUGGGAGGAGCGGACAGAAGAGGAGACAGAAGUAUACUAGGACGAGAACAGGUUGUUUGUGUUGUAGGUCUAGAAGAAUCAAGUGUGAUGAAGGUAGACCUACUUGUAAGAGGUGUAUAAUAGCUAAAAAAGAAUGUCAGUACCCUGAUUCUGGUGAGGGGAUGGGUAAGAAAUCGAAUGGGAAACACAAACAUGGUGAUGGAUCUAGAAGUAGUACGGAAGAAAGUGAAAGUGAAGAAGAUCGUAAACCUGCCCCCAAACGUGGGCGAUCUGAUGCAGGUAAACGUAAAGUAUCCCCAUCUAAAGAUAAAUCUACGGUAUCGGAUUCGUCUCCUGAUCAGCUUGAUGGUAAAAUUACGGUCAAUGAGACUGGUUGGGACGCAAGUCUCGUCGGAGGUACCGGUUCAAACUCUUCUGCAAAUACGAAUACGAAUUACGACUCUGGUCUGGCGCUUGGUACGGGAUUGGCUAGUUCAGGAGAACAGUAUCUGGCUGGACAGAUAGGGAAGCAGGAUUGGGCAACUUCAGAAGGUGGUGCGCCGAUGUUGACCACGCCAAAUUUCCUUCUCCCCUGGUUCCCUACAGCGGAAGAACGGAGUCUCAUCCUACAUUAUUGUGCCAAUGCCGCUUCUUUAAUGAUGGCUAUCCCAAGUGGAUUGAACCCAAUGUUAGCUAUCAACCUACCUCUAGCUCUUGAUUCUCCAAGAGGACUAAACCCCUCAGCAGAUGCACUUCGAGUAGCUUUACUAGGUAUUGGAGCCAUUCAUCAGGCUUUCCUGCUAGCUCGAUCGGGCGUAGCUACUUCUCAGACCGCAGCGAUGUUCCAGUAUGCCUCGACUCUUAGGGAUACAGGAAAAGAAAUGGUCAGAAGAGCGGUGAGGAACGGAGACGGUGCGAUGUCAGAUGCUGCAUUGGGAGCUAGUACCGCUCUAGGUACGAUCGAUAUUUUCUUUGGAGGUAGUGGAUGGGUGGAUAAUUUCAAUUUGGCCAAAGAGAUGGUAGCUAUUCGAGGUGGUCCAGCUGAGAUGCUCAAGAAAUCUGAACCUCGUAAAUUGACCGAUGGAGUGACUGUAUCUCCUGCUAGGUUGAUGCUUGAGAUUUUGGCCAUAUAUGAGACAUUCAGCUGCUUGACCACUGGCGAAGAACCGAGUUUGUUCAGCGAUAGAUGGGAGAGUUGGUGGUUGGAAGCUAGUCGAUCGACUUAUGAGGAACAUUCCGUUGAGAAGCAAUUUGGAAUGUCUCGAGUGAUGGUAUUGCUCUUUGCUAGAGUGACUAGACUCUUAGCUAGAGUAGCUAGAUCCAAAGUGAUAAUCACCGAAGAUGAUACCUCUACGCCUUGUACAUACAGCAAUUCAGCCAACCCUCUCUUAUCGACCCUGGCUACUACUACAGGACUAUCAAAUGAUGGGAAAACUUUAGAUCCCUCGGUGGUCGAAGCUAGACAGUUAAAUAGGGAUGUAGACGCUUGGAUAGAAAGUCUACAAUUGAGUACACUGGAACAUGAGAGGGUACAAGUUGGUAAUAGAGCUUAUGCGUACGCUAUGAAGAUACUCCUCUUGAAAAUGGUAUUCAAAUAUCCUCGAGAAGAUAUCAGAGUGCAGAAUGCCGCUCAACAAGUGUUACAACAUUGUUCGUGGUCUACAGCUGCUUUGGGCAUGUCGAUUGACCUUACAUGGCCUGCUAUCAUCGCUGGAUCUUGUGUGGAUGGAGCUUCUAGACAAUGGGUAUUGACGCUUCUUGAAGGGUUCAAAUCACAAUGCUGCUUCGAUAUCGAAACUGCCAAUAGGAUCAUAAUGGAAGUUUGGAGAAGAUCAGACUCCGGUGAACCACGAGCGGAUUGGAAAGAUGUCUGUGAUGAUUUGGGUUUACAGGUUUUGUAA